AUGCCUCCCCGUCUCGCCGCCCCGCUCCGCUUAGCCGUCCGCAUCCCGCGAUGCUCCUCCAAGACGACACCUGUGGCUGCGGCCUUGUACUCGACCGCAACAGCCAGCGACUCUAACCAGCCGUUGAUAACCGUCACCCAGCUCCCCGCGCCCGGGUCAGGACACAUUCGCAUCCUCGAGUUGAACCGUCCUAAAGCUCGUAACGCCAUUUCUGGCGCCCUGCUUUCUCAGCUCCGCGCUGAGAUUGACGAUAUACAUUCCCAGUAUACCGAGGAGGGAGAUGAGGUUGCCCAAAAACAGACCUUUGGAGGAGCCGCUGGUGUCGAUGCCAAGGGCCCGACUCGUGCUCUUAUUCUGGCGAGUGCUGUCGAGACGAGCUUCUGCGCUGGCGCAGAUCUGAAGGAGAGACGGGGCUUCACGCAGGAGCAGACCGACAUUUUCCUCUCCAACCUCCGCGGCACCUUCAACGCUCUUCAGAACCUCCCCAUCCCCACCAUCUCCGCCAUCUCCUCUCUCGCCCUCGGCGGCGGCCUCGAGCUGGCCCUUUCAACGCACUUCCGCGUUCUCUCCUCCAAUGCUCUCAUCGGCCUUCCCGAAACACGUCUGGGCAUCAUCCCCGGCGCCGGUGGCACCCACCGCCUGCCUGCUCUCAUCGGCAUUUCUCGCGCUCGCGAUCUCAUCCUGACCGGCCGCCGCGUCUCGGCGCCCGAGGCCUACUUUUUGGGCAUUGCGGACCGCUUGGUCGAGAUUACGCACGAGGAGGCUGAGAAGCUCGGCGAGGGAGACAAGGACAAGGGCGUAUUGCUUGCGGCGAGAAAGGCCGUGUUGAGCGAGAGUGUGCGUCUUGCUGGUGAGAUCUGCGAGGGCGGUCCCAUUGCCAUCCGCGCUGGUCUGCAGGCUGUUAACUGGGCGCGUGAGGAGGUUGAGAACAAGAUGUACGAGCGGGUUGUUGCGACCGAGGACCGCAACGAGGCGCUUAAGGCGUUCCAGGAGAAGAGGAAGCCCGUUUUCAAGGGCCGAUAA